GAGGGCGGGCGGGUCGUCAGGGUGGCCUUGAGGCUCCAGCCCUGGCCUUCCACCCUCAGAGUGUGUCUUUGGUGCCCGCCAGAGACCCUCCUCUCCAUUUCCCUGGCAGUGCCUGAGGCGGUGUGGGGUCCAGACCAUAGGAUCCGGGGCUUGGUUAGGGGCUCCUGAGAUGAUACUGUGACCCUAAAAGGCGAUCCACCUGCUGAUCACCCAGCAUGCCCUGUGUGGACGUGCAGGCCUGCACACGUGCACACACAAGCUCCUGGCCCUCUGAGGUCCCUCUCCAUUUAGACAACUUCAUUGUAGCUUAAAUUCUCAUUUUAGCCAACUUUGUUUUUAAUGUUGAACAACUAUCACUUGUUUGUAUAUACUUCAGAAGCAAAGUCCCCAGGGGAGAAGCAGUCUGUUUUCCUAAGCUGAAUCCUGGAAGCCCAAUUAGGAGUGAUCGUUCCACUUCUAAGGUUUUCCAGAGGCUGCCUGGCAUGCCCUGCUGAGCCCCUAAUUAGGCAGCCAGGGCGCCCCAGUUCAGGGCCCAGCCCGGCUGGGGGUAGCCUGUUUGAGGGCCGGGCCGGGGCAAGUUCAGGGCCUGAACCCAGGGAUGGGGAAUGGUCCUCUCCUCCAUUCAAGGAGGGCCAGGCUUACUGCCCUCCAUUCCAGGGCCCUGGCUGUCUUUGAGGACAGCAUGCAGGGAGCAACAGCAGAGUCGAGGCACCCUGGGUUUGAGGGAAGCCAUCUCAUCGGGUCUGGGUGGCCUUCAUGCCCACACGGAUGCUGGUGGGAAGGCUGCCGAGUGCUGUUCUUGCACUAGUCACUGGGAGACCACCUGUGACAGGGCCCAGCCUGCCUGUCACCCGUUCACUGGUGAUUCACCUAGCUGAUUAGAGAGCCCGGUCUGUGGGCCACCACGGUCCUGCAUCACAGUCUAUGUGACACUCAGUACCAUGGGGCCCAGGAGAAGAGGGUCCAGCCGGGUGGGCCCAGGAAAGGCUCCCCUGGAGAGGGGAGGCUGAACCGUGAAAUACAGAGGGCGGUUCAGACAGGUAGAGAAAAGGGGCAUCGAGCCUGGAGGCUUUAGAAACCAAACACUUAGUAUUUUAGGCCGUAGUCGUGAUUUUCAGUAUGUUGCCUGAUCUCUUUUGCUGGGGAGGAAGAGCGUGUAGGAGAAAAUAAACAUAUGCCUGCAGCCUAGGGGUUAGCUGGAGCUGCACACACAGCUGGUGCCUGCUCGCUCCCUGUGAGGCCUUGGCCUCCAGCCUGGGCUGGCUCGGCCCUGGGGUGCCAUGGAGUGCCCGUGGCUGCCCUGGGAGGCGCUGUCCCUCGCCCAGCUCAGGCCUGUACCCUGCAGCCUCCGGGAGGUUCCGGUUUCUGCCCGCCAGGUGGGCGGCUCCCCCCUCCCGCCCCCCACCCCCAUUCUCCACAGCACACUGCUCGCAACACUGCCCUGCUUCUGCCACCUGAGCCCCCCAGGUGCCAUCUGCCACCCUGUUUUCAGGCGGCAGGUAGGCGGCCUUGGGGCAGGGCGAGGAGCACGCAGGCGGAUCCCAGAUGGGGCAGGUAGUGCCUGGCCUGCUACCUGGCACCUGGGUUGUCCCCACCUGCCUAGGAAUAGGUGAGAGCAGGUCUGGUAAAGUAUGGGUGUGUCUAAGGGGUCCUCCUGUCUCUCUUGGCAUCUUUGCAUGUAUGAGCUGUAGGGUCUGUCUGGCCCCUCUGUGUGUAUCUGAACAUCUGACCGUCUCUGUCUUGAGCCUGGCCAUUCCCUAGGCAUAUCCCUGCCUGCCUCCCUGUGUCUCUACUCCUUUGUGUCUCUGCGCCUGCACCUUGCAUCUCUCUCUCACUGUCUCUGCGUCCCUGCCUGUCUCUCUCAGAUCCGAGCUGGUGAGGGUCCCUUUGCCAUCAGAGCCACCUCCCCCCACGUUGGGUUGCUCUGCUUAAUUUCAUUUUCCCGGGGCUCCAACUCACAGAAAUAAAUCCUCCCUCCCCACCCCUGCACUUUUUUGAUUUAACAAGCCUGCUGCAAAACAAUAGUGAUUUCCGCAUUGAUCAUAAACAGAAGUGAUUACCAUACAAUUACAGCCUGAACCAUCAGCCUCCAUGCAAUCACUGAGCCGCAUUGUAAAUAGGAAGACAAUUGCCUGCAGAAUUACCCCCAAAUUGGUUUAAGUGGCAACAAAAGAGUGUUGGCAUUUUGGCAUUUGGGGGAGGGGGAGGGGGAGUGCUGGUGGUCCUGGCAGCAGAGGGUCCCCACUGCUGUCUUCCUUGCCUUUGUAGAGGUGACCUGCGAGGGCGAGCUUUCCCCCACCUCAUUCUUUUUGCUUCAGUUACUGCUCCUUGCCCAUCUUGGCACCGUUUGUUAUAAACUCAUUUAUACUAAUGUGCGAGUGUCUAAGCAUGCCUUUGACUGGGAGAGUGGAGACGGGUGAGUCUGGGGGGACGGGAUAUUCCGGGGAGGCCUCCUCAGCUCCCCUGAUUUCCCCUCUCCCCAGCGCCACCUCAUCUCUGCCUCUUCCAGGUCACUUCAUCCCGCUAGGCUCUUCUGGCCUGGCUCCCACCCUGCGGCCUUCCCUCCCCAUCUCCCAGCCUAGUGGUGGUCUCCUGCCAGGAGGCUCCUGCUUUCUGUCCAGGGCAGCCUACUCCCUCCUACAGCUGCAGCGUGUCCCCUGCAUCCUCCGCAGCCUCCCAGGCCAGCUGGAGCCCCUGUGCCUGGCCUCAUGAGCCAGGGCAGCCCAUUCCUGGGAGUCUGCCAGCCACCCCUGCAGCAAGUUCCAGGAGGGGCUCGCAAAGCAUGCCUCCGCUGACCUGGGCCCGCCCCUUUCCAGCCGCUGGUUUCAUGAGAAGUCCUCUGCCAGCAGGCCGUCUCUUGAAUGUCUGGAGCCUGGACUCCUGAGCGCCAGCCGUUUCUGCAGGGGGCUUGUCUUUGCUUGGGAGGUGAUUUCUCUCCAGGGUCAGGCUGCUCUGAAGUUACCGGGAAAGCCUGCCCACUGGCACACUUAGAUUCUAUCAGAUUUGUGCAAAUCCAGGUUAGAAGUGCUUCUGCAUGUUCAUCUGAUCCUCGCAGAAGGAUUAGCGCGUGCUGGUGGUUUUAUUCUCGUUUUUGACGGAGGCGUGAUGCAGCUGGCGCCGGGUCACACAGCCCACCGGUGAGGGGUGAGGUCUCGGCCCCUACUGGAGUGCUUGUUUCUAGGCGCCAUCUCUCCAGCGUUCUCAGACCUACAGGAUGCAGGCUGGUUGUGGUGGGGUGGGUCUCACCUGGUCUCUGACCUGCUCUGAGAGCUCGGACAAUACCAGUGAUUUGAACAGGUCCCAGUGAGUGACACUUGCGGGUGCCGAGUUCUGCUCACACGUUCAUUAGUGCCUCUCAUCCCCACUACAGCCCUGUAAGGGAUGGUCAGGCCCCCACUGAGAGCACUUGACUCACUCAGAGCUCAGGGUCCUGGUACGGAAGCUAGUUUGAGGCAUGUCUGCUAGCCUUCCAGCCUGUGCUACCCGUCAUCCUGUAACGCAGAAGGCAGCCGGGGUUCCCCGGGCUCUCUCACUGGUCCAGGUAUCACCGAGGCUCCCUGUCUGGUUGCUCCCUGCCAAAGUCUCGGGACGGGGCCCCAUCUAGAGUUGGUAUAUUUAGAACCCAAAGUUCUGUCGGCUGCCCCAGCUCUGUCCUGUGCUGGGAGGGACCUCAGUGCUGCCCUGGGCUUGGCCUGAAGGGCUGGGGUGAGUUGGGCAGGGGUUGGGGCGACUCUGAGUUGCCCCUGUGUGCCUGGCACCCACCUCUUCCAUGCUGACAUUGAGAGGAAACCAGUCCAGAGAAGAAGCUGGUCAACAUGGCAUCCACACACCGUGGUGGUCCCCGCCUGCCCAGCCAACCUGCCCUCACGUGCCCCGUCCCUGAGCCUUUGCUCCUGCUGCAUGUCUCCUGGGUAGCCAGGUGUCCGGUGGAAGGAAGGGGAGUUCAAAGGCACAAAGACCUGCACUCAAGCUCUGUGUCUGCCACGUCGUGCUUUGUGCCAUCCUUACCUCUGAGUUCUGCUUCUUUUUCUUUAUAACGGGACUGUGCCCGCCCUGCUGGACGACUGAACAGUAGAGGUGAGCAUGUUAUCAGAUAACAGCUGCUGUCAUCCUUGGCCUUAGAAUCCCGCCCUCCCUCCGAGAAGGAGGGGGCCCACCCUUCAGUGAGCAUUCGUCAUGUGCAGAGCUUUGCGCUGGGCAUUUUAAGGCUGCCUGGUUUGAUCCUUCACCACAACCCUGAAAAGACAGCCACCACUGUAUCUGCGAUGUCCUACACAGGAGCCAGAGCCCCGUGUGGGCGGUCACACUUAGAUUUAAUGAAGUAACGUUAAAUACAACGUAAAGCUCAGCUCCUUAGUACGGCAGCCACGUUUCAAGGGCUCGAUAGCCACGUGUGGCCCUGGCCCCUGUUUUGGGCAGCGCAAAGAUAGAACAUCUCCAUCACUGCAGGAGUUCUGUUGGACAGGCUGCCCUGUGUUAUCAUCCCCUCUCACGGGUGCGAAGUUGAGGACUAGAUCAGUGACACGUCACACUCAGGGUGCCAGCUGGAGGAGUGGGAGCUGGCGUGCAAGCCUGGGCCCCUCAGCUGUAGGACACACUGAGCUCUCCUUUGUUGCCAGAUCUCAUACCUCCCCACACACCCUCCGUGGGACCCUCAAGGGCAAGGACUGUGUUUGCUCUGCAUCCCAGUGCCCAGCCUAAGACCUACCCCAGGGCAAGCAUUUGGGGCAGUGUUUGCCAAGAGGGCGAUGGAAUGAAUGACCGAACAGACACUGCCUGCUGAAACUUGGGGGCACACUUCAUUCCCCUCCUCCAGGAGGAUGCGCAGAGUCAACUGCUGAGGAGUGAUGGAUGGCCCCUCUCCCGAGAUAAAUGUGGCAGUCAAGGUAAUCGGAUUGUGUGUGACAGUCUCAUUUGUAGGCGAGGGUAGGAAGCGCCCAGCCAUGCCUCGCCCCAGCCGCCCAUAUUAGUUUAAUCAAAUGCCUAGUAUCUAAAUGACUGGGCCUCAGUGAUAGAUGAUGUGAGCUUUGCUAAAUGCUGUUGCCCUGUCAAACCCAGCUUCUCAAGGCCCUGCCUGGCUCCUGGGAGCUCUCAUUUGUUUUUUCUUACCUGGUUAUCUCUGAGUGGGGCAAGGAAGGGGGGCUCUUGCGUCUGUCUUAAAUCUCUUGUUUUUCAUGGAGGAGGAGGAAGAGGCCGGAGCUGGGGGAGGAGUGAGAUGGAGUCACCUUCCGCCUCUUCUGAGAAGCCUUCCUGGGUGGCUGCAGACAGUCUAGGGGAGCCUGACUCCCCAGAGCCCCUGAGCUUGGGCCUCACCAUGCACCGUGUGCCUUCUGUUUCGUACAGACUCUCCCCUCCCCUGUGCUAGCUAGCCUUUUCACUCUCUUCAAGGGGUAUACCAGAAGUUUUUCCCUUUUAUGUUGGAAAAUUCUCAACUUUCCCCUUAUGGUUAGUGGUUGUUGUGUCCUCUUUGAGAAUAUUCCCCAAUCCCAAGGUCAUGGAGGUAUUCACCUAUAUCAUCUUCCAGACAAUGUAUUAUUUUGCUUUUUUUUUUUUUUUUUGGUCUGUGGUGUGAGGUAGGGAUCGAGUUUCCGGUCUGCUCAUUGUGAGCUCUGAGCUCCUGCUGUGUGCCCCAGACCAGGCUGGGUCCUCCGGAGAAACAGGAGGUAGAAAAGGCACAGUUCUGUGUUCUAGGAAUGACGAUCAGUUUGAGCUUAAACUUGUGCUCUUAAAAAGGAGGCUGAGCCCAGCAUGUAUAACACGCCGCGCUUUGUGUCAGGGUGGGGUCUGCCCAUACCAGCCAUGCCCAGGGCUUCUGGUAACAUUGAGUGUCACCUGUGUGUCAGAUACUGUGCUAGGCACCGGGGAUGUGGCGGUGAUUGCAGUCCAUGGAAACCCCUGCACUGGAAAGAGCUUUUGCUCUUUGCCCAGGACCACACCGUGGGGCAUCAGAUGAGAAAUGACAUGAAAAGUAGAAGGUAGUAAGUGCCGCAGAGGAGGGUCACGGAGGGAGCCAGGUGGCGGGGAUGGUACUGCCAUCUGCAAACUGGAAAGGUCAGGGAAGCCCUCACUGAGUAAGCCAGUGAGGGCCGAACCACGUGGAUAUCCAGGGCAAGAAACUUCCAGACAGAUGUUGCAGACUCUGAUACAUGUAAAUGGUGGAAUAACUCUGGAAGGAAAACCAAAGCCGCUAGCCUGAUUCCCCUGGCGGGAGGAACUAAGAUACGAGACUGGGGAGGGGAGACUGCAUUUUUCAGAACAUACCUUUUUUCUUCUUUUGUAUAUUUUUAAUCACAUACACACCUUACUUCUUCAAAAAUUACCAUUGAAAAGUAAAGCAGGGAGGGUGGGGAAAUGUUACAGUGAGGCGGAACCAUCAGAUGUACUAGCAAAACUGUGGCUUUGGAGGCCAGCAAAUGUGGGUCCUGAUCCCUCUUCUGGCCUCUGUCUGAAAUGUUAGCUUUCUAAGGAGGCUAUUUGUGCAUUACUUAGGUAAAUAAAAAGUCAUUUUAUUAAUUAAAAAUCAGUAGAUCCCACUCUGUUGAUUGUUUUGGCUGGUUGUUGUUGGGCGGGUUCCUUAACCUCUCUGAGCACCCGUUUCCUCCUGGAAAAUGGGGGUAGUGAUCCUGACAUCACAGGAUUGUCAGGAAAAUGAACAGAGAAAAAGAGUGUGUUGAGUUUCUGCCCGGCCUGGAGUUGACCUUCCCGAGGGCAUGUCCUUGGAUGACCUGGCCCUCUGCAGGGCAGAGGCAGAGAAUCUAUCCCUGUCCUCAAGUUCUCCAACGGCUUGGGACCCCAGGAAGGCCCAGGCUUUGCAUUCCAGCUGCCUCAGAGGCAGAUGGAUUUGCUCUGGACCCCCAGGCUGAUGGCCAUCCAAGACCCUGUGGCCUGCUGCCCCUUCACAGCCCCCUCAGGAUCCAGCCUGCCCAACUGGUGUCUGCUCGGCUGGGACCAGCUGGUCUUCACCAGCUGGUCAUCUGGCUCUGACACCCUCCCUGCCCCAGUGUCUCCUCCUCUCUGGGCGCUGUGUUAAUUUUUUCAUGGCUUCCCUCAGAGGCAGAAGGCGGAGAGCUGUUUCCUGCAGGGAGAGAGCAGGCGCUGGGGGCGGGAGGAGGGAGGGAGGGAGAGCUGAGUGGUGAUUAAACACUGCAGAGGCCUAAACAAAUGACGGCUCCCUCCCCCAGCUGCUCUGGGAGAGAAACAUGGAGCCAGAGCCGGCCUGAACUGCAGAUGGCCCAGGCUGCUGUCUGCCCCCGCCUGCCUACUUGGAGCUGCCCUGGGGCUGCUUCCUAAGAGCCGCAGUGGUGCUGAGCCCUGCAGGAGCCAGCUCAGUCCUUAGGGCCACUGUGAGGCAAGCCCCGAGGCAGAGAGGGUUCAGGGCCACACCGCUAAUGCACUAGGGAGUGGUGGAGCGGAGACGGUUAGGCAGGGCCAGUAGUAGUUACUUCUUAGAGUGCCAGCCUGAAUGAGACGGCGCAUGCGAAGUGCCCAGAACGGCACCUGGCCUGAAUCAAGUUCUUGGUCCGCAGGAGCCACUGUCAAGGUUGCCCCUGUUACACCUUUAGAACAGCUGGGUGAGAUAGGUUGCCAUGCGGGUGAAGAAACUGAGGUGCACACACCUACCAGGGUGUUGCCCGGGACCACACAGUCCACACAGCGGAUUAAACCCAGGCUCGCCCACUUCUGACUCCCUGCCCAGAGUUCCUUCUCGUGGACCAACGGCGGGAAGAGAGUCAAACCUCCAGAGCCUUGAACACAAAGAACGGAGAAGUCAGCAGCGGAGUGAGAGGCCAUCUGCCAGGCCCACGGCCCUCCUGGCCGGAGAGCUUGCGUGAAGGGGCGAGGGAGGAAUGGUGCCCUCCCACUGUUCAUGCAGAAAAUGGCAACUGAGCUCACCCCUCAGUCUAGAGCAGUGGUUCCCAAAGUGGGGUUCCCCGGCCCAGCAGCAGCAGCAUCACCCGGGAACUGGUUAGAAGUGCAAAUUCUUCAGCUCCACCCCAGACCCACUGAAUCAGAAACUCCACCGGGAGUGAGACCCAGCACUCUGGGUUUGAACAAGCCUUCCAGUUGCUUCUGAUGCACAGGCAAGAUCGAGAACCCCUGGCCUAGAAACCCAAGUACUUCUGUCCUGCUCCGGGGCCUCGCUGUCCAGGCCACAGUCACCCAGACAUCACCCAGGUGUGCUACACUCUGAGUAACAGGUGCAGCCAGGAAGCAGUAGAUGUAAAUGGAAUUCGUAUAAAUAAUUCUUAUUUUCAUUGCAACAAGGCAGCUGGAUAUUGAAAGAAACCUCACAGAGAAUCAUUUCAUCACAUAAAGGAGCUUCUGCAAAGAGAAAACUCCUCUCUCGAUUCCUGCCCCCUCCCCCCUAAGUGUUCUAUAAAUUCAGUCUCUAUGUCAGGUUUUCUUCGAAUGGUGUCUACCUAUACAUAACUAAAACGAGGAGCCAGCCUGCUAAAAGCAUUGCAGAUAGUCUCCACAAUACAUCAGGGACCCCUGCAGUUUAGAAGGAGAGCCCAGUGGGCAGAUGGAGGCCGGUUUGGUGCUUUGGGCAGCUGGGUCAUCCACUGCCAACCCCUGCUGGGCACCUGGAGGGGUCGUGCCAGCCAGGCACGGGUGGUUUCCAGGGCUCCGUCGAACAUCCACACUCAGGGGUUCUCAGAAAAGGAGUGGAGUGACCGAUUAGGAAGCCAAGACAUAGACUCCUGAAAUGCGCAGCUCUCAGCUGCCCUUGCUAGAUAGGCGGAUAAGAGAGAAAACCCUGCAACACAGUUCUGGAUGGGGAACCCGCCAGAAGGUUGUCAUCCCCCACAAUGCGGGGUCUGGAAGCAGCAUCUGAACCUGCCACCAAGUGCUGCCCAUGGGGCCAGGUCACGUGCCCCUGAGCUGAUUUCCAGAGUGACUGUAGGUGGAGCGGAACUUUGCCUCCGCCUCUAAACCACCUGCCCAGUGCUCAGGCCUCACCCUCACAAGCCCAGAGUCAGGGGCAGGCAUCACUGACUGCACUUCUUGUGCCGGGAACCUGAGAUCCUUGGAGGUUACCAGGUCACUCAGCCAGGGGAAGCCGGGAAGGAGUGGGAGGGUUGGGGUCCAAAUGGUUAGAGGCAGGAGAGCUGGGGGUCUGGUCAGCAGGUUUCUCCUGAACCUGCUCUUUCUCCAAGAACAGUGAGUGCCCUGAACCCCAUUUGCAGUAAUAAGGGUCACCAGGAAAGUGCUGCUUACCCCAAAUCUCUCUCCUGCCCCCAUCACCACAGCACACAUCCCCUUAGCCACUCUUAAGGGCUGGUAGGUUUUCCAGGUGGUUCCUUCAUAGAAAGAAAGCUGCCCUGGGAUCAGUCCGCACCUCCCUAAGGCUCUGACCCUGGCUUUAUGAGUCCAGGCUGGGUGCAAGGAAACUGCCGUUUGAGGGUCCUGGGGUCUGUCACUGGCUCCUGGCUCCCACGGGAAGAGUCAAGAUCCUGAGAUUGAACGUGGGGGCCGGAACGGAUGGAGGGAGUGCUCAGCAAGGCCUCUCAGCUCUCAGACUCAGCCCUCUGGCCCUCCACAAAGGUGGGUGGUUGUGUGUUUGGUCUCGGGGGUCUGCUUGACCCUGGGAAGGGCCUGGCCUCACACCGACCACUCCUUCUUAUACUGGGAGUGGGAGGACACAGCCAAACUGUGAGUACCCAGCUGGCAAGCCUCAGAAAAGUGAAGUACCCAGGGAAGAAAUUGAUUCCCGUAAUCCCUCCUUACCCCUCGGGCUCCCUGAGACGGAGCAACAGGCAGUAGUGUUUAACCCGCGGGAGAAACUGGCCACGGAGGAGAGAACAGGCUGCCCAGGUGACCUGCUGGAACGCGGGGCGUGAGCUCUGCAGGCAGGCAGACGGUGUGGCUCCCGUCUUGUCUUGCAGAUGCACUGGGAGUGUCACGCCAGGGCCGGUGGCUUGGGGAGACCAUCCUCGCCAGCCUGGGCCUCUGGGUCUCCUCUGUCCUGCUCAGGUGCUGCCUCGGAGCAAGAAGGAGGUGGGGAGACUAUUGGCUCUAGGCACGCACUGCCCCCCAACCCCCAUGGAUAUUCUCAUCCAUCCUUGGGUAGCCAAAGAGGUCAGUCCUGUUGGAACCCGUGUCCUUCUGACAUAUGGGGUGCAGGUGCACGGAGGCCUCCUGGCCUCGAUCUGUUGUGGGCGUGGCUCGGGGCCCCUCCCCUCUCCAGCUAUUAACGCUAUUAAUGCUUUGCUAUUAAUGCUGCAUAAUUUCCCGCUGAGAUGGUCUAGAGCCCCACGCUCACCCCACCACCAGCAAAUGUCCCAAGUAAGAUGGGAAGAUCCCGCCUUGGUCCUGGCCUGCCACAGACUCAGGUGUGUCCUGAGCCAGGUUACCUAGCUUCUCUGUGCUCGCCCCUUAUCUUUAAGAUGGGGGUUGUGACUUCCCCACCACCAGGUGGCUAAUGAGAGUCCAGGGGGCAAGGGGUGUGUGAGCCGGCCCCCCAUGGGGGUGCAGUACACAGUGGCAGCUCCCUGCCAGCUGGUCUCUGCAGACAGCAAUGCUUUGGCCAGUGCCCCUAUCCAGGCCCAUCCCUCAGGCUGGCAGGUCUGAGGGGCACCCCCAAGAAGAAAGGAGCAUUCUUUUUCUGAUGAAAACACCCCCUUGAGCUUGUUUCGGGUGUAUUUUCAGUUGAAUCCGAGUUAGCCAGGAAGGCCCAGAGGGUGGUGUGACCUGGACAAGGAAUUUUCCAGGCUGGGAUUUUCCUAAAGUCCACGGACAGGCUCAACCCGUCUGACAUCUCUUGGGUCGCUCCGCAGGGUUGAGGGACGGCCAAACUGGUUUGGGGAUCAGCCCUGCCAGCAGCAGCUCUGAGAUCCCCCAGAGUUCACUUCCUAGGGUGAGUUCACAAGCUUGGAGACGUCCAGCUCCUGCCAACCCCACCAGCCCUGGGGGACAGGUGUGGGAACACUGGUGGAGCAUGCCAGAGGUCCUCUCCUGCCGGCCCAGACCAUAGGACCGCAGAUGGCAGGGUCUGCCCAGCACAGAGAAGCAGCCCUGCUGUCCUCCUGGUGCGAGGAGCUCGGCCGCCUGCUGCUGCUCCGACAUCAGAAGAGCCGCCAGAGCGACCCCCCUGGGAAACUCCCCAUGCAGCCUCCCCUCAACUCCAUGAGCUCCAUGAAACCCACUCUGUCACACAGUGAUGGGUCGUUCCCCUAUGACUCUGUCCCUUGGCAGCAGAACACCAACCAGCCUCCCGGCUCCCUCUCCGUGGUCACCACGGUUUGGGGAGUGACCAACACAUCCCAGAGCCAGGUCCUCGGGAACCCUAUGGCCAAUGCCAACAACCCCAUGAAUCCAGGCGGCAACCCCAUGGCGUCGGGCAUGACCACCAGCAACCCCGGCCUCAACUCCCCACAGUUUGCUGGGCAGCAGCAGCAGUUCUCAGCGAAGGCCGGCCCCGCUCAGCCCUACAUCCCGCAGAGCAUGUACGGCCGGCCCAACUACCCCGGCAGCGGGGGCUUCGGGGCCAGUUACCCUGGGGGUCCUAAUGCCCCUGCUGGCAUGGGCAUCCCUCCGCACACCAGGCCGCCUGCUGACUUCACUCAGCCGGCAGCCGCUGCUGCAGCAGCUGCAGUAGCAGCAGCAGCAGCCACGGCCACGGCCACAGCUACGGCCACUGUGGCAGCCUUGCAAGAAACACAGAAUAAGGAUAUAAACCAGUAUGGACCGGUCUGUUCCUCUUUCCAGAUGGGUCCCACCCAGGCGUAUAACAGCCAAUUCAUGAACCAGCCCGGGCCUCGGGGGCCUGCCUCCAUGGGGGGCAGCAUGAACCCCGCAAGCAUGGCGGCUGGCAUGACACCCUCGGGGAUGAGCGGCCCUCCCAUGGGCAUGAACCAACCCCGGCCACCCGGCAUCAGCCCCUUUGGCACACACGGGCAGCGGAUGCCCCAGCAGACCUACCCGGGCCCCCGGCCCCAGUCCCUUCCCAUUCAGAGCAUAAAGAGGCCAUACCCGGGAGAGCCCAACUACGGAAACCAGCAAUAUGGACCAAACAGCCAGUUCCCCACCCAGCCAGGCCAGUACCCCACCCCCAAUCCCCCACGGCCGCUCACCUCUCCCAGCUACCCCGGGCAGCGGAUGCCCAGCCAGCCGAGCACCGGGCAGUACCCGCCCCCCACAGUCAACAUGGGGCAGUAUUACAAGCCAGAGCAGUUUAAUGGACAAAAUAACACCUUCUCUGGAAGCAGCUACAGCAGCUACAGCCAAGGGAACGUCAAUAGGCCUCCCAGGCCGGUUCCUGUGGCGAAUUACCCCCACUCACCUGUUCCAGGGAACCCCACGCCCCCCAUGACCCCCGGGAGCAGCAUCCCCCCAUACCUGUCCCCCAGCCAAGACGUUAAACCCCCCUUCCCACCGGACAUCAAGCCAAAUAUGAGCGCUCUGCCACCACCCCCAGCCAGCCACAAUGACGAGCUGCGGCUCACGUUCCCGGUGCGGGACGGCGUGGUGCUGGAGCCCUUCCGCCUGGAGCACAACCUGGCCGUCAGCAACCACGUCUUUCACCUGAGGCCCACAGUCCACCAGACGCUGAUGUGGAGGUCUGACCUGGAGCUGCAGUUCAAGUGCUACCACCACGAGGACCGGCAGAUGAACACCAACUGGCCAGCCUCGGUGCAGGUCAGCGUGAACGCCACGCCCCUCACCAUCGAGCGCGGCGACAACAAGACAUCCCACAAGCCCCUGCACCUCAAGCACGUGUGCCAGCCGGGCCGCAACACCAUCCAGAUCACCGUCACCGCCUGCUGCUGCUCCCACCUCUUCGUGCUGCAGCUGGUCCACCGGCCCUCCGUGCGCUCCGUGCUGCAAGGCCUCCUCAAGAAGCGGCUCCUGCCUGCAGAGCACUGUAUCACGAAAAUCAAGCGGAAUUUCAGCAGCGUGGCUGCCUCAUCAGGCAACACGACCCUCAAUGGGGAAGAUGGUGUGGAGCAGACAGCCAUCAAGGUGUCUCUGAAGUGCCCCAUCACAUUCCGGCGCAUCCAGCUGCCUGCUCGAGGCCACGAUUGCAAGCACGUCCAGUGCUUUGACUUGGAGUCGUACCUGCAGCUGAAUUGCGAGAGAGGGACCUGGAGGUGUCCUGUGUGCAAUAAAACCGCUCUGCUCGAGGGCCUGGAGGUAGAUCAGUACAUGUGGGGCAUCCUGAAUGCCAUCCAACACUCCGAGUUUGAAGAGGUCACCAUUGACCCCACAUGCAGCUGGCGGCCAGUGCCCAUCAAGUCGGACCUCCACAUUAAGGAUGACCCUGACGGCAUCCCAUCCAAGCGGUUCAAGACCAUGAGUCCCAGCCAGAUGAUCAUGCCCAAUGUCAUGGAGAUGAUCGCAGCCCUGGGCCCCGGCCCGUCCCCCUAUCCACUCCCGCCCCCUCCCGGGGGCACCAACUCCAACGACUACAGCAGCCAAGGCAACAGCUACCAGGGCCAUGGCAACUUUGACUUCCCCCACGGGAACCCCGGUGGGACGUCCAUGAACGACUUCAUGCACGGGCCCCCCCAGCUCUCCCACCCCCCGGACAUGCCCAACAACAUGGCCGCCCUUGAGAAGCCCCUCAGCCACCCCAUGCAGGAGACUAUGCCACAUGCUGGCAGUUCUGACCAGCCCCAUCCCUCCAUGCAACAAGGUUUGCACGUCCCACACCCCAGCAGCCAGUCAGGGCCUCCAUUACAUCACAGUGGGGCUCCUCCUCCUUCCCAGCCUCCCCGGCAACCGCCACAGGCCGCUCCCGGCAACCAUCCACACAGUGACCUGACCUUUAACCCCUCCUCAGCCUUAGAGGGUCAGGCCGGAGCGCAGGGAGCGUCCGACAUGCCGGAGCCUUCGCUGGAUGUAAGUUGGGGUCACCAUGUGUCUUGGCCUGGGGCCGGGACUGCCCGAGAGCAGGGGCGGGUGUCGAGGGCCCGAGGCCCGGGGUGGAGGAGAGGUACAGCGGUGAGGAGCGGGUGGGCGGGCGGAGGGUGGGCCCCGCCAACCUGCCUCCCCUGUGGCUCCAGGACCGGGGAACCCCACAGUGGGCAAGCCUCAGCGAGGGUGCCACACCCCUUGCCCCACCCUGCUGGCCCCGCCCCCGUCCCGUUGGCCACAGUCCUGCCGCCCGGCCCUGCCCUCCCUCCCCCAGGCCCUCACAGAGUCCCUCUGGGCCGGUCCUGGAGGCAGCACAGGAGGGUCCCUCCCCCCCCUUCUUCCCACCUCCCGUUCCCCGACAUCGGCUUGCCAUCGCUGCAUCUGCCGCUCUCUGGCCCAAGGCAGGGGAGGGGCUGGAGGGACAGGUCCCUCUGUCUGUCUCGCUGGUGUGUGUCUCCAGUUUCUAGUCUGUGUGUUGUCCAUGCCCUGUGCUUUUGCUCACUCCAUCGCUCACUCUGAGAGGCCCCCACGUGGGGUGACAGAAGGCUCGGCCUCGGGUCACACUGGGGGGCGGGGGCGGGGGGCGUCGUGUGACUGAGGCAGAAGCGGGCAGCUGAGAUUCAGGGAUCACCCCCCUUGAGAACUGAAUGGUCUGGAAGGUGGGCAAGGGGGACACUGAAUGAUGGGUGUUGGGUAGCUGGGCAGGGCUGCCAGCGAGGGACACGGCCCUUGCCCCGCCCACCCCUCGCCCCCAGGCUCUAGAUUCCCAGAGAGGAGGCCUGCCCUCUCCUUGGUCACGUCCCAGCCCCAGCAAGAGUCCCCCUUGGCCCCAGCAAGAGUCUCUGGUGAACCGGAUUCACUCAGCUUUGGCGCCAUCUUGGAUUCUUGCCCGACUCUCCUCCCCAGGCCAGGGCAGGUGCUUCUAGAUUGAUGAGGUCCCCUGUGUGACCGAAAGAGUCCAAGGACCUCACAGUAGAGGGUAGGGACGGUCUGUAGCCUCUUCCCGGAGUCUACAGGGAAGAGCAGUGCUGCCCAGCUAGCCGCGGGCUCAGCAAGGAGCCGGGAGCUCUUGGGGGAGGUGUGGGGUGCUGGGAGCCGCAGAGACCUGCCAGCCUUACAUGCAAAGCCACAUGGCUUCUCCUGGGAGGCAUGAGUGACCCCCAGCCCCUUGUGGCAGGGUCUCAGGAACACUGUGCGUGAGGAGCCUUCGCAGCUGGUGGGCCAAGGGCUCCACUUUUCUAGACUUGAAAUAAGCACGGGUGUGCCCCAGACUAGCACGGUGGCCUGGAUGCAUCCGGGGACCACCGGCACUGUUAGUUUCCCCUGUUUGGACCAGGACCCCAGGAGGCAGGUAGAAGGCAAGCGAACAGGCCCGAGGGUGCCCUGCUUCCUCGCCCUGGGCCGGCCCAGCCUUCAGCCGACACCUCAUCUGAGCUUCUGUACUUCUU